AUGAGCCAAAGCUGCAGAGGAGGAUCAAGAGGCUGGAGAGGUGGUGGAGGAGGAAAUCAGUAUUCAGGGACAUGGAGAGGCCGACCCUGGAAGCAAAGAGGCAAUGGGAGGGGGCAAAGUGGACCAUUGAACAGAAACACUGGAAAUGGGCCUUCAUGUUUUCCUGGAGCACCUGCCAGACCUCGAUAUACCCAGACUACGCUGGAUAAAUAUGUUCCAUACAAAGGCUGGAAGCUUUACUUCUCUGAAGCUUACAGUGACAGUUCCCCGUAUGUGUUAAAAGUUCAAGCCUUUGAAAGAUUCUUCACAAAGCACAUUGAAUAUUAUGACAAGGAUGAAAUUGAAAGAAAGGGAAGCAUUCUUGUGGAUUACAAGGAACUCCUGGAAGAUGAUGAACUUACGACAUCUGUUCCUCUGUCCACUGAACUGAAAGAGAUGCCUGAAAAAAUACUGGAUUGUAUGGGGCUAGCAAUACACCAGGUGCUAACCAAAGACUUGGAGAAACAUGCAGUGGAGCUACAGGGGCAGGAAGGUCUUCCGCUAGAGGAGACCCCCAUAGUUGAUGUGCCAUACAUACACGCUAGGGUGUACAAUUACGAUCCACUAACCCCUCUGAAAAACCUCAGAGCUAAUUUGUAUGGCAAAUAUGUGGCACUGCGUGGCACAGUUGUUCGAGUUAGUAACAUCAAACCAAUAUGCACUAAAAUGGCCUUUGUAUGCAACAUGUGUGGGGAUGUACAGAGCUUUCCUUUUCCUGAUGGGAAAUAUACGCUUCCAACAAAGUGUCCUGUUCCAGAAUGCCGUGGGCGUUCAUUCACACCAGACCGAGGUUCUCCACUGACAGUGACUGUGGACUGGCAGACCAUCAAGGUCCAGGAGCAGCUGAUGUCAGAUGAUCAGAGGGAAGCCGGGAGAAUACCAAGGACAGUUGAAUGUGAACUGAUUCAGGAUUUGGCAGACAGCUGUGUUCCUGGAGAUAUGGUGACCAUCGCAGGGGUGGUUAAAGUGUCUAAUGUAAAAGAUGGAGGGUUUAAAAAUAAAACCAAUAAGUGCAUGUUCCUGUUGUACAUCGAGGCAAAUUCAGUUAGUAACAGCAAAGGUCAGAAAGCUAAAGACACCGAGGGAAGCACCAGGCAUGGGGCAGCUAUGGACUUUUGCCUGAAGGACCUGUACGCUAUUCAAGAGAUUCAGGCACAGGAGAGUCUCCUUAAAUUAAUAGUCAACUCUCUUUGCCCCUUGAUAUAUGGACACGAGGUGGUUAAAGCAGGGUUAUCACUUGCUCUGUUCGGAGGCUGUCAGAAAUAUGUGGAUGAUAAAAACCGGAUUCCCAUUCGUGGGGAUCCUCACAUACUUGUGGUUGGAGAUCCAGGACUGGGAAAAAGUCAGAUGUUACAGGCAGUUUGUAAUGUGGCCCCCCGUGGCAUCUAUGUUUGUGGAAACACGACGACAACAGCUGGACUGACAGUAACCUUAUCCAGGGACAGUGCAACUGGAGAUUUUGCCUUAGAGGCUGGAGCUCUUGUUCUGGGAGACCAAGGUAUAUGUGGAAUUGAUGAGUUUGACAAGAUGGGUAAUCAGCAUCAGGCUCUACUAGAAGCUAUGGAACAACAGAGUAUUAGUCUUGCCAAGGCUGGGAUUGUGUGCACCUUACCUGCCAGGACAUCCAUCAUUGCUGCUGCUAACCCAGUGGGUGGACACUACAACAAAGGCAAAACUGUCUCUGAAAAUUUGAAAAUGGGAAGUGCUUUAUUGUCGAGAUUUGACCUGGUGUUCAUCCUGCUGGAUACCCCAAACGUAGAUCAUGAUCAUUUACUUUCAGAACAUGUGAUGGCCAUGAGGGCAGGGUCAAAGGAGCUUUUACGUGGUGCAACUGUAACCCGCACAGAGUCUCAGGAUUCCAGUACCUCUGUGCUGGAGAUGCUUUCCGAGAAGCCUUUAAAAGAGAGAUUAAAGGUUCGGCCAGGUGAACAUUUUGAUCCUAUCCCACAUCAGCUAUUAAGGAAAUACAUUGGUUAUGCCCGACAGUAUGUACAUCCAAAGCUGUCCCCAGAUGCAGCUCACGUCCUUCAAGAUUUCUACCUGGAGCUUAGAAAACAGAAUCAAGGCAUUGACAGCACUCCUAUUACAACCAGACAACUCGAGUCAUUAAUCCGACUAACAGAGGCUCGAGCCAGACUGGAGCUGAGGGAAGACGCUAUAAAAGAUGAUGCUGAAGAUGUUGUGCAAAUAAUGAAAUACAGCCUGCUUGGGACAUACUCGGAUGAGUUUGGAAAACUGGAUUUCAAUAGAUCUCAGCAUGGCUCAGGAAUGAGUAAUCGAUCUCAAGCAAAGAAAUUUGUUUCUGCUCUUAACAGAAUUGCAGAACGGACUUACAAUAACCUGUUUGAUUAUCAACAGCUUCGGCAGAUUGCCAAGGAAUUGCAGAUACAGGUCUCUGACUUUGAAAGUUUUGUGAGCUCACUAAACGAUCAAGGCUACCUAUUAAAAAAGGGACCCAGAGUUUAUCAGCUUCAGACAAUGUAAUUUUUUUUGUAAUUUGGAUUAUGAACUUUGAAGAGCGUGGAUAUUUGAAGUCUUGCUUCUGAAUGUAGAAGCACAUCCAUAUGCUGAGGGAAUUGAAUCGGUUCUUCAUUUAUAAUUGUUCUAUAGUCAUGAGCAUACAGUAUUUAACAUUUUGUGCUGCUGUGCUACAUUUCUCAUGCUGAAUGUGUGUCCUCUUAUUGUAUGUACUGUAUAUAUUUUACAUUCUAUAUAAAUUGUCAGUAUAUUGUUGCAAUUGCAGUAAAAUUGCAUAAAAUACUUUGUAUGGUUUUUAUUAU